AAUACUGGCUUUAUUACAAGUUUCAGAGUUCUUUGAUUAAACCUGUGUCAGCAAUCCUAUACCUCCUUUAAAUUUCGUAAAAUGUACCAACACGAUGAUAUCGCAGCUUUGGUUAUCGAUAAUGGCUCCGGUAUGUGCAAGGCCGGUUUCGCCGGAGACGAUGCUCCCCGAGCCGUUUUCCCCUCCAUCGUCGGCCGACCUCGCCAUCAAGGCGUUAUGGUCGGUAUGGGCCAGAAAGACUCCUAUGUCGGAGACGAGGCCCAGAGCAAGAGAGGUAUUUUGAGUCUGAGGUACCCAAUUGAGCACGGAAUUGUCACAAACUGGGACGACAUGGAAAAGAUCUGGCAUCACACUUUUUACAACGAGCUGCGAGUUGCACCCGAAGAACACCCGUCCUUAUUGACAGAGGCACCACUUAACCCGAAAGGAAACCGCGAGAAGAUGACACAGAUCAUGUUCGAAGCCUUUAACAGCCCAGCCGUGUACGUGGCUAUACAAGCCGUGCUCUCGCUGUACGCGUCCGGUCGAACCACCGGUGUCGUUUUUGAUAGCGGUGACGGUGUCUCCCACAAUGUACCUAUCUACGAGGGCUACGCCCUUCCCCAUGCCAUCCUGCGGCUGGACCUGGCCGGACGAGACCUGACCGAUUACCUGAUGAAGCUAAUGACUGAGAGGGGGUACUCCUUCACCACCACCGCGGAGCGCGAGAUCGUCCGUGACAUCAAGGAGAAGCUGUGCUACGUGGCGCUUGACUUCUACCAGGAGAUGGAUAUCGAUGCGAACAGCCCGAUUCUGGAGAAAACAUACGAACUUCCAGACGGGCAGGUGAUCUCUAUCGGCAACGAGCGGUUCCGCUGCCCCGAGGCCAUGUUCCAGCCAGCCUUUCUAGGGAUGGAGGCCCCAGGCAUCCAUGAAGCCAUCUACAACUGCAUCAUGAAGUGUGACGUGGACAUCCGUAAGGACUUGUACAGCAACUGUGUGCUGUCCGGAGGCUCCACCAUGUUCCCAGGCAUUGCCGACCGGAUGCAGAAAGAGAUCGCGAUGUUAGCCAACGCCAGCAUGAAGGUUAAGGUGAUUGCUCCACCGGAGAGGAAAUACUCGGUUUGGAUCGGGGGCUCAAUUCUAGCGUCUCUAUCGACUUUCCAGCAGAUGUGGAUCGCCAAGGAGGAAUAUCAAGAAUAUGGACCUCCAAUUGUACACCGCAAGUGCUUCUAAGAAAAGCACGACAUAUAGACUUCGCACUUCUUUGCUGACCGGGCUACAUAAAAUUCAUUUGUGUAUUCAUUUAUCCUAUCUCUGCUUUGUGUUUAGCGCUGAGCUUAGCUUACAGGAUGUUUGUAAUGGAUCCAAUUUUCGACGUCAGCGUAAGCAAAGAUAAUAGAGAGCUUAAGCAAGUCAACACGAACGGCAUCAAAAACGGCGCGCACGCUCACGAAUAGCUGAAAAACGGCGUUGACGUCCGUGACCGCGCGCAUAGAACGUAAAAAUAGGGAAAAUGCCGUUCGAGAUUUCCUGUCACGGACGGACGUCAACGCCGUUUUUCAGCAAUUCAUGAGCGCGCGCGCCGUUUUUGAUUCCGUUCGUGUUGAAGCUCUCUAACAUGUUUGAUGUGUUGUUUUGCUUUUGCAUUUGCAGAUAAUAAUGUCUGGUCCAUAUUGUGUCCUUUUGAAAGUUUGAUCAAACGUGUAGAAGCUAGAUAAUAUAAAUAAACACUGUGUCUAAAACA